UUUGAUUUGAGACUAGGAAAGUAUAGUGGAACUAAAACCUUUUGCCCUCACAGUGCACCAUUUUUAGGAAAUAGCAAUGUGUUAAAGCAGAUUAGGAUGUCUGUCUAGGAAAGUAAUUGGAUGAUAAAUGAUUGUAUCAAGUCUCACCAAUCUAAAUAUAAUUCGAGGAAAAAGACGGUGAGCUAGCUGAAUUGAUUUUGUUGUAACUUGAAAGCAUAAAAAGGAUAGAUCGCCAGUCUGCUUCUUACGGCUUUGUCUGACCGGGGGCAUCAACUGGACCUCAGCAUUCACACAAAGCAGGGGAGCUCUAUCGCCUCAAUCUAAAAGAGUAUUAUUGGCUGAUCAAUGAAGAUGUAAAAAAAAAUGGUUGAUGUAUCAUUGUUGGCGUCGUUAAAAUAAUGUUAUCUUAUUUACGGUUAGCUAGAUCUUUUCACGCUAUCUUUGCGUUUCCAUAAAAUACGCAUAUCCCUUUGAGUUUUUGGUAUUGGCGGAUAGACACUGCUUAUCCACAUUUCAAUCACAUGUGUGUUGAAACGUCCCAUCAUUGCCUGAAUUGAGGCAAAGAAUGCAGUAUACUGACAAUGUAGAAAGGCCGACUUUGCAUGAACCGAGAACUUAUCUUCAGAUUUCUAACUAGCAAAUUAUGUCGUCGAUAAUAUGAGGACAUUUGUCUACAUUUUCAUAAGGAUCUCGCUGAAAAUAAGUGUUUUUGCCAAAGCAAAUAACUCGAUUUCGCCACCCCCUCGUGGUCCCCGUCCCUCCCAGUCCUGUCUUGGAAGGGCUAGUGACGAGUGGUUUGGUCCUUUUUCGUGUUCGAUUCACAUCAACUAGGAAUGAUGCUUCGAAAUUUUCUAAAUGUGAGGUAAACUGGUGGCAUAGUUUGCUAACGUUACGCAUCAAUGUACGAAAAAGAGGGCCACUUUAACGAAUGCAUCAAUCAAACAUUAAUUUAAACCAGUGAGAUUGGAAUUUGAAGACGGAGACCCUCCGACCCUUUCCCCCGAACCUGGAUAUCGGAAUGGUGGCUUGGAGCACCGAUAAUCUGGACACUUCCGGGGAGCCCACUACCCGCUCCGUGGGCACCACUGCCAACUUGAAGGGGAAGAUGAGCAAGAGGCUGUCUGUUGUGAAAGGUCACUUCCCUAAGCUCGUUGACUGUGCCCACUUCCACUAUGACAAUGUGGAGUUUGGCUCCAUCGAGGUAGGUUUUGACACAAGACUGUGCGUUCGGGCUAAAAUGCCCAUUUUAGAAAUGUAAACUACAAAAAUGUCCGGCUGACUGUAAAUGAAGUGUGUUUU